GAUGCAAGAACGGCAGUGGCGUUGCACCGGAGACAGGGGGCGCGUGGAGCCGAACGACUGGCAGAGCGCACGCGCCUAGGUGAUAAAGUGACUCACCGGGAGGGAGACAGAGGGACGCACCGGCGCGAGCGUCCGUGUUCUCGGUGGAACGACAACAAAAAUAAUAUUUAAACACGUUUAUCUUUCUCAUUAGACUAUUGUGCAUUGAUUUGUUUGGAAGCAGCUUUGCGCCUCGCUGGUCGUGUAGCUUUGUCCUUCAUGGUGAUUAAUGUUGAUAUGCUGACGGUGUCCAUGCGGAUGAUGCUGCUGAAGGUGAGAAAACGGAUGAGAUCAAACGCCAUCGACGGAACCGUAACGCUAUCUGCAAUAACGACAGCACGUCACGACGCUUUAUUCAGCCCGUUUGUCCUCAAUGAUUCGGUGCAACCAGCUGGACCCGUGACCGUAACGUGUCCCAACGCCUGCAGACUAAAUAUGAUGAACUAAGCGUUAUUUCUCGCGCUCUUUGUUCGGUAACGGCGUGAAUAUCAUCACAGCAAUUGUAAUAAUUCUUACUCGUCACCGUCAGUUGAAAAAAAACCCCAAAAGAAGAAAAGAGUCGCGUUAAAUCCGAGCCAUGUGUGUGUUGUGAUCAGAGCAACAGCUCGGAGAAUGGAGCCGUUCCUGCAGCUCGCGCCGCACUCGCUGGCCAUCGUGCUGUCACGGCGCGCGCCUGCGGAUACGCGCGGAGUGACGGAGAGCGCAGAGCCGCCGCGCCACCACACUGGCUACGAGGUGUUCGCCGAGUUCAAGGCGCUCAACACCGAGCACUUCUGGAACAAGAUGGUAGCUGACGCCAUCGCGGAGACAUUUUUUCUCGGCUGGUUGGACGAGCACGUGCUGCUCAUCCAGGGUAAAGAGGAGCACCUGGAGGCGCUGCGCGAGGCCUGGACACGGAGGUCCCUCAAAGCGCCGCGCGGCUUCGACAUCAAAUACCUCGGUAAUCAAUAAUAAACGUCCCGCGCACCGACAGACAUGCAACGCGUUUUUAUGACACGUUGCCGGGAAAUAACAUGACUGUGGUGUGUG